CCCAUAAUUUAGGUGUUUGGUUUUGUUUCUAUUUUUGUAUUUUUUUUGGGUACCAUAAAUUUGACAUUCUUGAAAUUGUUACUCUUCUUUCUCAGGUUUCCUCUGCUUUUGUCUCAAAUUUUCUCAUAAAAAUGCCACCUUUUGUUGGAUCAAAUCCUCUUUCAAAUGGGUUCAGACAAAAAAACAUCAACAACAACAACAAGAUAGAUUCAAAUUCCAACAUAGUCACCAUUGAUGUUGGUGGCCAACUUUUUCAAACAACCAAACAAACCCUAAAUCAAGCAGGUUCAAAAUCCCUUUUUUCUACAAUUUCUAACAAUUUAGAUAAUAGUUCAAUUCCAUUUAUAGAUAGAGACCCUGAAAUUUUCUCUAUUUUACUAUCCCUUUUAAGAACUGGAAAUUUACCUUCAAAAGCUAAAAACUUUGAUAUUCAAGAUUUGAUCUUUGAAGCAAAAUUCUAUGGUGUAGAACAACUUAUUUUGAAUUCCCAAUCAAACCCAUCUCAGUUUGAGCCUUUUGAUCUUGAAAAUUCUCUUCUUUUACCUUUAAGUGGUAGAGAUUCACCAACAGCAAUUUCCACAACAGAAAAUGGUUCAGUACAAGUAGCUCAUGGUUGUAAAAUUACCUCUUUUGAUUGUUUUUUGAAGAGAAAAUCCACAAUUUUGACUCAAUUUUCAGUUAUUGAUUCUAUGUUGUGUUUGAAUUCAAGAAUUGUAGCAGUUGGUGCUGUAGACUUUUCUGGUUUGCAGAUUCUUGAUCUUGUUAAGGGUAUUGUUGAAAAGAAUCUUAAUUGGGAAAAUGUGACUAAGUCUGGUUCAACAGUACAAGCUAUUGGAUCAUCAAGUGAAUUCUUGUUUACGAGUUUCGAAUCAUGUAGGAGGAAUUCGAAUUGCAUUAUGAUAUAUGACAUUAACGAUGAUUUUAAACCUGUUACUAAGAUUGGUCAUUAUGAAAUCUUUGGUGCUGAAUUGGAUUCAGCAAUUCCAGCUACUAAGUUAAGAUGGUUACCUAGUCAUAACUUGUUAAUGUCUGCUGGUUCACAUAGUGGUCCUUCUGGUGUAGUUGGUAAUAUUAAGUUUUGGGAUUUAAGGUCUGGGAAUUCCGUGUGGGAGAUAAAGGAAAACGUUGAUUGUUUCUCCGAUAUCACAGUUUCUGAUAGCUUGUCUGGUAUUUUUAAAGUUGGAGUACACUCAGGUGAGGUUUUUCUUGCUGAUUUGAGGAAUAUUGGUUCUGAGAAUGCUUGGUUUUGUCUCGGUGAUCAAAGAAAGGUAACGAAUGGUAAAAAGGAUGGAAUGUGGUGCAAAAUCGAAAGCCAUGGGAAUCAAGUAUUUUGUACUAAAGGAGGAAAUAUUGAGUUGUGGUCUGAGGUUCUUCUCGAUGAUUCGAUAAAAGGUAGGUUUGGAUCAGAAGGCAGAGUUUUUAGGAAGAACUUCAUGGGAAGAGCAAAAGAUUUUUGUGGAAAUAGGAUAACUCACAUCAACUUUGGAGGAAACAGAAUGUUUGUUACAAGAAAGGAUCAACAAUUUGUUGAGGUUUGGCAGAGUUCAGUUAGGGGAUUUUAGCCGUGGCGUUGAAGCCAACUUGUUUGAGACUGAAUCGCAAUUCAUUGUUUGAUUGAUUGGUAAGAGAAGGUUAGUGACUGGUUGAAAAAGCUGCUAAGAAGAAUAGUUUUCUUUUCCCUUGCAACCUUUCACGCCAAGGAGGGUUGAAGGGAUCGAUCUCAAUAGCCUUUCCGAUAACAACUUGUGCUACCAAAUAUUGUAUCUAUUACCUUCCAUCGACACAAAUAAUGAGGUCACUGUGUUCAAGUUUGGACCAGUUUGCGAGUACCUUAACUAAUUUUAUGGCGUACUUGUAACCUCCCACCAGCUCAUUGUGUCCGUCAAAACUUGAAUACAAAUAAGAAGAGAUCAUCUAGUAUUUUGUUGUUGCCAAUCAAUGUAUAUAUUGUUUAGGUGAAAUAAUGUUGUUUUGUGUUGGUUCUUAGUUCCGUCUUUAUGUUGAUUGUCAUCUUAUUGUAUAGCCAUAAACUGGAAUCAACUUAACCAAUGCUUUAA